AUGACAGCCGCGGACCUUGCUAUCCAAGCCAUUCGGACCCAUGCCAACGAAAUCACUGCCGAGAGCCAAGCGACACACAUGAAUCGCGCCAAAGUGGGUACUUACAAUCGAGUUGCCACCCGUGUUGGCCUUGACACAGAGCACCGUUUCAUUGGUCGCACACUCUGCAAUGUUGAAUCUACUGAGGAGCAGUUCAUGACCAUGAUGGCAAACGUUCUGGUUGAACGUCAAGAGAACGAAGUGUUCCGUUUGGAGAUGAGGAGUCAAUUGUCAGAAAUCCAAUCAGAGCUCGCCAAAAUUUCAUCUGGGGCUAUUGGUUGGAAAGAAAGCAAAGAGCUCAAAAAAUGUUUGCGCGUCUCGGCCACAAAGUGCAUUCUCAAAGGCGAUAUUCAGGCGUACACAGCAACCAACAACAAAACAGGCACCAAAGAGCUCCUCCCUCACUCUCUGUACGCAAGAGUCAUGACCAAGAUAAUGUCAACUCACACCGCGUGGAAGAAAAAGAUGUUGCCACCUCGCUAUGGAAAGGAUCCGAACCCAGCAGUGUCGAGUCUUUUCCACCAGGUCAUCAAGACAGUGUUGAAGGAGGUCCGAAAAGACCAUACAGGCACGCUCCUGACCAAUGUUCGGCUUCCGGAUCGAUCUGUUGUUACAGGUGAUGGCGCUGUACCGAGCAUCUAUGAGAUUAUGGUUAAGCUCUACCAAAAAGAUCAUGGUUAUGUUGGAGGCAGUGUAAUCUCUCCAAAAAAGAUCAUGUCCGACAUUGGGCAUCUUCAAGUUGGUCGCCAUGCAUGGAUAAGGAUACAAUUCAUACAUUGGGGGUUAAACCGUCCGACAUACAAGACCAAGACUUUGUGGAACGUGGUGGACCAGACUCUGGAGCACUUGCGCAGUGAAUCCUCAAGGUAUUGUUAUGCAUUCUAUGUGCUGGUCUUACAAACUGACUUAUUUAUGAACGGAAAGAGGACAUUCAAAGAAUUGAAAGCAAUGACCAAGUUUACAUUACCUACAGAGCAAGAGAUUCAAGAUACUAUAGCAGGCCUCGAUGAUUCCUUUGGAGACGAGGCAGCAGGACCUGAUGAAGAACUAUACGAGGCAGAAGAAUUAGGAGCAGAGGUGGCGAAUGGACAAGAUGAGGAAGAAGAUGAGGAAGAAGAGGUAGAUGAUGAGGAAGAAGAUGAGGAAGAAGAGGUAGAUGAUGAAGAAGAUGAAGAAGAUGAGGAAGAGGUAGAAGAAGAAGAAGAUGAAGAUUUGUAA